ACCACUUGCAAUUAGGAAGCAAAGGUGAAAGGAAGAGGGAGGAACAGAGAUGGGAACGCCGUCGUUUCUGCGCAACAGAUACUGGAUUCUAAGGCAUGGAAAAAGCAUCCCAAACGAGAAAGGCCUCAUUGUUUCUUCAUUGGAAAAUGGUGUUCGUCUCGAAUAUCGGUUGGCAUCGGAAGGUGUAGAGCAAGCUCAAUUGGCUGGAAAAUUGUUCCUAAAGGAACUGAAGGAAAACAACAUACCGCUUGAGAAUGUGCGUAUUUGUUACUCGCCCUUUGCAAGGACGAGUCAUACAGCUGAGGUUGUUGCAUCGGUUUUGAAUCUUCCAUUUGAGGGUCCUCAAUGCAAGGUCAUAGAAGAUCUUCGAGAACGAUACUUUGGCCCUUCAUUCGAGCUUCUAUCUCAUGAUAAAUAUCCGGAAAUAUGGGCAAUGGAUGAAAAAGAUCCAUUCACAAGGCCGGAAGGUGGAGAAAGUGUUGAUGAUGUGGUUGCUAGACUUGCAAGUGCUAUGGAAACUAUGGAAUCCGAAUACCAGGGAUGUGCGAUCUUGGUUGUCAGCCAUGGUGAUCCGUUACAAAUCUUGCAAACGAUACUCGAUGCAGCUUCCAAACAGACCGAAUCAAGUUGCAGUGACUUGGCAUCCAGAAUUCAAGCUGUUAGAAUCCCUUCUAUUUUGUCUCAGCAUCGAAAGUUCGCACUGCUUACAGGAGAGCUUAGGACAAUUAUAUAAUCUGUCGGGAAAAAAACCUGGAGUUACCUGCAUUUCAUGUCUGAAUAAUGUUCUUAAACAUUUACAAUGAUCGAUCUUCCAUUACAUUGGAGAAGAUAGAUCCAUUGAUCUUCAAAUUGGUGAAAUCACUAUGUUAUUGAUAAUGGAAAUGCUUUAUUAGUACUA